GCGGGCGUUGGGUCGGCAGCAUCCCGGCUCCGGGCUCCGGUCUCAGAGCUCCUCGGCUCCCAAUCCCCUCCCCUCUCCCUCCCUCGCCUCCACGCGGGGCUGCCUGGGCCGGCCGGUUCCGCACACUUUGCCCCAUUUUGGCAGCGGAGAAAAGGAGUCUGGGGAAAUACCGGGCACGGCCCGACCGCUGCCAGUGCUGCCCUUUAAAUCCCCGGCCCCGGAGACCCACGACAGAGAGGCAGGCCUGCUCGCCCGGCCGCGCUUAGCAGGUUUGGAGCGCGGCUUCGCCAGAUCGCCUCUCGGAAGCGGCCUCGAACCGAAGACCAUCCUGUGGUUCAGAGGUACCGCUUUCCGCAGUCUCAGCCCGCGGAAGUGACCCUAGCAACCGAGAGCCGAGAUGCCGGCCCACAUGCUGCAGGAGGUGUCUGGCUCCUACACCACCACCACCACCAUCACAGCGCCCUCUGGGGGCUUGCAGAACGGAGUUCAGAAGCUCGACAAGGCUCCGCAGUACUUGGAAGCAGACAUCCGCCCCGAAAUUAAAGAUGACAUACACGACCCCAGCUACCAGGACGCGGAGGGCCCCCCACCCAAGCUGGAGUAUGUCUGGAGAAACAUCAUCCUGAUGACCCUGCUGCACUUGGGAGCCCUGUACGGAAUCACACUGGUUCCCACCUGCAAGUUCUACACUCUCCUGUGGGCAUAUCUAUACUAUGUGGUUAGCGCCCUGGGCAUCACGGCGGGAGCUCAUCGCCUGUGGAGUCAUCGAACUUACAAAGCACGGCUACCUCUGAGGGUCUUCCUGAUCAUCGCCAACACAAUGGCCUUCCAGAACGAUGUGUAUGAAUGGGCCCGAGACCAUCGUGCCCACCACAAAUUCUCAGAAACUCAUGCUGACCCUCACAAUUCCCGACGUGGCUUUUUCUUCUCUCACGUGGGUUGGCUGCUUGUGCGCAAACACCCAGCUGUCAAAGAGAAGGGUGGUUUGCUGGACAUGUCUGACCUAAAAGCGGAGAAACUGGUGAUGUUCCAAAGAAGGUACUAUAAGCCUGGUCUCCUGUUGAUGUGUUUCAUCCUGCCCACGCUAGUUCCCUGGUAUUGUUGGGGUGAAACUUUUCUACACAGCCUGUAUGUUGCCACUUUCCUGAGGUACGCUGUUGUGCUCAAUGCCACCUGGCUGGUGAACAGUGCUGCCCACCUCUUCGGAUAUCGCCCUUAUGAUAAGAACAUAGAAUCUCGGGAGAACAUCCUGGUUUCACUAGGAGCUGUGGGCGAGGGCUUCCACAACUACCACCACGCCUUCCCCUAUGACUACUCCGCCAGCGAGUACCGCUGGCACAUCAACCUUACCACAUUCUUCAUUGAUUGCAUGGCUGUGCUUGGUCUGGCUUACGACCGGAAGAAAGUAUCCAAGGCCGCUGUCUUGUCCAGGAUUAAAAGAACUGGAGAUGGAAGCUACAAGAGUGGUUGAGUUGGGUCAUCUGGGUUUCUUUUCCAAAAGCCAGACUGUCAGAGGUUUAAUGUUGUGUUAAUUAACUACUGAAAAAUGCUACCAGGAUGCUAAAGAUGAUAUUAACCUAUUCCGGUACAGUAUUCUUUAAAGUGGGAAAGUUUUGAUAACUUUUUAAGGUAAUACAUAUUUUAAUUAGCCAGAUUUAACCAUACCACAAUAUAUGUACAAACAUGUUGUACAUGCUAAAUACAUGGCAAUUUUACCUGUCGAUUUUUAAAAAUAAAUAAUAAAUUGGAACAUUCUUUAAAAAGAGUAUUGAAAGCCAACAACUGUGCGCUUAUGAUGACAAACAUAUUCUUCUCUUCCAUUUCCAUUGUUCUUUGCACGGUUUCUGUCACCUUCCUUUCUCCCUCACAGCCUCCCAGGCAAAUAGCUGGGCAGUCACUGAUGUGUGCCCACCUUGUAAAGUGUACACAACCUUCCUAAAGGUCUGAAGGUGCUGAUUUUUCUCUAUAUAACUCUUCAUUUGAUCUGCCCUAGGUGUCAAGAUAAGUGGCUCAAACCAGAGAUAAAAUUUUCUGGGAAGUCCUCUGCUAAUUGUCUUCAACCCCAGGCUUUGCUUGAUGGAAUGAAAAAAUAUACUUGGCACACAACUGGUAAAGCAGGUAGACGAUCAGGAAAAAGUUAACAGGGGCAGGGUUACGGUUCAUAAAUAAGUAAGGAUAGGAGAGAGAUGGGAAAAGAGGGAGAGGGUGAUCAGGCCUAGAAAGACACUGGAGCCCUCCACACAACACACCUUUUUUCUCUCCUGACUGUGCCAGAAGUUGGACAGUGUGGAACACAGUAACAAGUCAAUGACUAAAGUUAAGGAGAAGGGUAGAAAAUGUGGUCUCUGCUGGGAAGUAUUUUUUAUUGAUAACAAGAAAGGUUCUUAGAAGUCUUCGGGUUAGGUGUGGCCAGAGGGGUGAAUGCAGCAGCUCAGUUCUGAGGACUCCAUGAGCUGCUUGUCCGAUUGCUUUGAUCUUUCAGCUCUCCAUCCUUAGGAUGUUUGUUCCCUCACAGCAAUAGGAUUUCUGUGGCAUUUCUACAUAUCCGGAAAUGGAAGGAUUUUAAACAGGGUGAAGUUGGGUCAAACAAAAAUAGUUAGACAUAUAAUCUUUGCAGGGAACAUGAAAGUAAUUCAUAUAUUUACUUCUGAAGGAAAAGCUAAGGAAACUUGGAGAGGAGGAAUCAGCUGCUUGUCUCUUCCUCCCGUCACUGGCCGGAAGAUAGACUAAGGGGCAGCAUUUGUAGCAGCUCCUUAGAUAACUUUCCAAAGGGCUCUGAGAACACAUCCAGGGGAUUCAAAACUUACUGAGUUAUUAGGUGUCCUAAUGGGACUCGUUCAUUGAUACCUCCAUUUAUUAGCUCCAUUUGCUACAGACUGAAUAAAAAUUAGUCACUAUCUCUCCAAGGCACCAUGUCUUUUCAUUCCUUGCCCUGUGACCAUCAGCCUAUUAUGUACGACUGCCUGGGAGUACAGUAGGAGUCAUUAACUGCCCCGAUUCUUGGUUCCCAGUUCUACCCCAUGUGUUCCUUUUCUCUUAAAAUUGUCUCUGUUCCCUGACCUUUGCUUCUUCCUGCCUGUUUUCAGGCAGCCCCCUUUUCUGCAGACAAUGCUCACAGGCUCUGAACUGAUGUAAUUUUGCUGGUGGAGAAGACCACUUUCCUGUGGCCUUUGGAUUUCUCUGCAUCUUCCCUAUGCCCACCCUCCACCCAUGGCUCCAGAAGUUUCCUGUAAUUUGUAGAAACAUUAAUGACUCAGAAAGGUUCUCUGAUGGAGCAAGGCCAGUAAGCUAGUCAUGGAGCUUGUCAGUCCCCUAGGGGUCAAAACAGGAUUCUUAGUACCCUGUGUGACCAAAGGCUGCCCCAUUUGAUCAGCACUCCCACUUGCUGGUGUAGUGGUUGUAGAAAUAGCAAGCUUCGUAGUCCUCGCUAGGAAACACGAGAAGCAAGGGCAAGUUCCCAGGUGCCUCACACUGAAAGGAGACCCCAAUCUCUGGAGCCAGGCUGUUCUUCCUAUCUUUGGCUGAGACAUUGGAUCUGAGAUGCCAUGACCCUUGCUGAACACUGUCAGUGUUUUGAGGACAUGGGGUCCUUCCUGUUCUGUGCCUCAGGUGUCAACGCGGAAGCCUGGCUCUGCUCUGUCGGGAUUAGCAGUGCCCAGUUUCAAAUGUUUUGUCUACUGUUGAUUCCUAGUUGUGGGAGGGAGCAGGGCCUUCCUGUGUCCAUUUAAUAGAAGCUGCAGCCACCAGCCUGCACUGGGUCAGCCUUGUCUUUGACCUAUUUGUUAAAGUAGAACAGAGUCUAGUGGAAGGUCAGUGUAGAUCUUCUGACCUAUAUGCUUACCCCUUGCCUACUGCCUGGUAGGGGUUUUUAAUUCUACAGGUUAUUAAAUGCCUGCUUUGUAAUAUAUGGAGAAUAAAAUCAACUUUCUCGUCUAGACCUAUUCCAUCAUCUGAUCCAUGCCAUGACACUACAACAAGGCUGGAGACCACAGAAUGAGAGACCCAGCAUACACUUGGGUGUGUAUGUAGGGUGUGUCAAUUCAGUGAGGAACACUAUUCCUUUCUGAAGCUCAAGUGGCUUAAUGAGAAACUGAUCUCAAGGGUGAAUUUCUAAGUCCUCGUACCGAUGUGGAUUCACUCAAAAGUGACUUUCUAAGUCCCUUCCCAUAUGGACGACCUCGGCGCCUUACCUCUUUUCUAAUCCAUGUUGCAUGUGAGCCUGGCCUCCAGGGAGCAUUUCACCACCUCAAAACCUGCAGCAGUGGCCAGUGUCAACAAGAGACUGGCUGGAGGAUUAUCAGUACAGCAAUUAGCAGAAUUCUUCUGGGUUUCAUUUUGGAAACUAGGGAUCCUUUUACCAAGAGCACAAAAUUGGUGAAGGUUGGAAGUGAUGUGAAUGUGUGUGACUUAUCUUUUUAAACAUGUAGUGGCACUUACAAUGGUAAGUUUUCUCUUUCGUUUGCUAAUGUCCUGAGUGAAUCCUCUGUGUGUAGCUUACAUGAGUUAGUGUAAAA